AUUUAAUAUAUAGAGGUCGCGCGUGUAAAAUUGAUUGGCAUUCGCCUGGGAGGUUUACACGAAACACUAAUAGCGUGCUUAGUUCUGGAGUCCGAUAGCAUAACGACGUGUUUGAAAGAAUAUUCAAACUCUUAUCACAUUAAGUUAUCUACACACACCCAUUACCAGCCAACUCUGCGACCUCAUCCCCAUCUCCCAUGGAUCAACUGAAGCCAAGUCCUCCCAAUUCCAGCCCGUUGACGCCCCUCGGUUUCCUGGAGAGAGCUGCCACUGUGUACGCCGACUGCCCUUCCAUCAUUUACAAGUCCACCACCUAUACAUGGGCCGAAACCUAUCUCAGGUGCUUGAAAAUGGCGUCUUCCAUUUCAUCUUUGGGCAUCAGACGGGGCGAUGUUGUUUCUGUGGUUGCCCCCAACAUUCCCGCCAUGUACGAACUCCAUUUCGCCAUCCCCAUGGCCGGCGCCGUGCUCAACACAGUCAACCUCCGCCUCGAUUCCCGCACGAUCUCCGUCAUCCUUCGCCAUGCCCAGUCGAAGCUAGUUUUCGUCGAUUAUCAGUCGGAAUCUGUUAUACUUGAAGCUCUAUCUUUGUUCCCAGCUAAUUCUGAGAGGCCUUUGAUUAUCCUUAUAGUAGAUGAUGGUGAAUCGGGAAUCCCGUCAUCGAAAAGCGAUAUGUACGGGAACUACGAGGAGAUGAUUUUAAAUGGCGAUGCGAAUUUCGAUUGGGUUCGGCCCGAGAGUGAAUUUGAACCUUUGACUUUGAAUUACACCUCCGGCACCACCUCGUCCCCGAAAGGGGUCGUUCAUAGCCACCGUGGAACUUUCAUCGUUACCUUGGAUUCGUUGAUCGAAUGGUCAGUCCCAAAAGAGCCCGUUUACUUGUGGACUCUGCCGAUGUUCCACGCCAACGGGUGGAGCUACACCUGGGGAAUGGCGGCCGCCCCCGCCGCAAUCUACGCCGCCAUACGGGAAUACAAAGUGACCCACAUGUGCGGAGCGCCGGUGGUGCUCAACAUGCUGACGAAUGUCCCCGAUGGAAAGCCCCUGGAAAGGCCGGUCUACAUUAUGACAGCAGGAGCGCCGCCGCCCGCGGCGGUGCUGUUGCGAACCGAGUCGCUCGGGUUCGUCGUCAGUCACGGAUACGGGCUGACAGAGACGGGAGGGCUGGUGGUUUGCUGCACAUGGAAGAAGAAAUGGAACAAAUUUCCGGCGGCAGAGAAGGCCAGAAUAAAAGCACGACAGGGAGUCAGAACUCCAGGAAUGGCGGAAGUUGAUGUGAUCGAUCCCCAAUCAGGGAAGAGUGUGAAACGAGAUGGAAAAACUUUAGGUGAAAUUGUACUGAGAGGAAGCUGUGUAAUGCUUGGAUACCUUAAAGACCCGGAGGCCACAGCGAAAGCCAUGAAAAACGGCUGGUUUUACACCGGCGACGUCGGGGUGAUGCAACCCGACGGGUACCUGGAAAUCAAGGACCGAUCCAAGGACGUCAUCAUCAGCGGUGGGGAGAACCUGAGCAGCGUGGAGGUAGAAUCGAUUCUGUACACCCACCCGGCUGUGAACGAGGCGGCGGUGGUAGCGCGGCCAGACGAAUUCUGGGGCGAAACCCCGUGUGCCUUCCUGAGCUUGAAAGAAGGGGUGAAGGAGAAGCCAACGGAGAAGGAGGUGGUGGCGUUUUGCCGGUCAAAACUGCCGCACUACAUGGUGCCGAAGACGGUGGUGAUCAAGGAGGAGCUGCCGAAAACUUCCACCGGAAAAAUACAGAAGUUUGUACUUAGAGAGAUGGCCAAAGCAAUGGGAUCCACCAGAACGAGUCGGAUGUAGUGAGUCAGCUCACCUCUGUGUGUCUGUAUUCUUGUGUUAUUAAUAAUCGACACCUAAAAUCAAAUACAUGAUUUUUACGUUUUCUUUUUUUUUUUU